UUAGGGAAGAGACCACUUUCUUCACUUUUUUUUUUUUGUUUUUUGUUCUCCUUUGGGGUAGCUUGAGGGCAAGGAAGGAAAUUUUGUUGUGCUUGUUGUCGCAUCCUUUGCAGCAGCUCCAAACAUGGGUGGUUAUUCCAGAUGGAUUAAGCCUGAGGUAUAUCCACUCCUGGCACCAGUUGCCGCAGUUGUAGGCCUAUGCACCAUGCAACUUGUGAGGAACAUCUGUACUAAUCCUGAAGUCAGGGUUACUAAAGAGAAUAGAGCUGCAGGGGUGCUUAACAACUUCGAAGAGGGUGAGUAUUAUGCACAACAUCGUCUUAGACAGUUCCUUCGAGGCAGGCGCCCUGAGGUGAUGCCAAGUGUUAACAAGUUCUUCUCAGACCCGAACUGAAGCAGAUGUUUAAAGAAUUUUGUUUCUUUUGAG